AUGAAGUUUCUGGUGCUCGCUCUCUUUGUUGCCGGAGCCUACGGCUGUGGUCUGCCCACGUUCCCCCCUGUGGUGACCAGGGUGGUGGGAGGAGAGGACGUCAGGCCUCACAGCUGGCCCUGGCAGAUUUCUCUUCAGUACAACAGACAGGGGGAGUGGAGACACACCUGUGGAGGAACUCUGAUCGCUGACCAGUGGGUUCUGACCGCUGCCCACUGCAUCAGCAGAGGCAGGGAGUACAGAGUGGCCCUGGGAAAGCACAACCUGAAGGAGACAGAGGAGGGCGCUGUGUUCAUGGGCACCGCCAACAUCAUUGUGCAUGAGAAGUGGAAUCCCUUGUUCAUCCGUAAUGACAUCGCCUUGAUCAAGCUGGCUUCCCCCGUCACCUCCUCCGACACCAUCAUGGCCGCUUGUCUCCCUGACAACGGCGCCGUCCUCCCUCACAACGAGCCCUGUUACGUCACCGGGUGGGGUCGUAUUUACACUGGAGGUCCCAUCGCUGACAUCCUCCAACAGGCCCUCCUUCCUGUGGUCGACCACCCCACCUGCAGCAAACCCGACUGGUGGGGUCCUCAGGUCACCGAAAACAUGGUGUGUGCAGGUGGAGAUGGAGUCGUGUCCGGCUGCAACGGAGACUCCGGCGGUCCUCUGAACUGCCAGAACACCGACGGCGCCUGGGAGGUUCACGGUAUCGUCAGCUUCGGCUCCGGCCUGAGCUGCAACUACCCCAAGAAGCCCACUGUCUUCACCAGCGUCAGCAUGUACAUGGACUGGAUCAGCACCAAAAUGAUGACCUAUUGA